AUGGCGCCUGAAAUAGAUCAGCAAGUCAAGCCCUUAGCCCCCAAGGCCUACCGGAUCCGCAGCGACGAAGACGAAGCCCUUUACACGCAACAAAGACUCGGCCGGAGAAGAUGCAUCAAGUGUUGUGGCUGCUUCACCGCCCUCUUUCUAAUUCUAGCAGUCGUUAUGUUAGUUCUCUCCUUCACCGUCUUUCACAUCAAAGACCCGAUGAUCAGGAUGAACUCGAUGACACUGCAGCAGUUAGUCGGUGCCGGAGCUUUACAAGCCACAGUCAUAGCUGAUGUUUCUGUGAAAAACCCUAACGCAGUCGCGUUCAGAUAUGGCAACAGCACGACCAUUGUUUAUUAUCGAGGGGAAACGGUGGGUGAGGGUACGAUUCCACAGGGAAAGGCCAAAGCAAGGCGUACCCAAAGGAUGAACAUGACGAUGUAUAUCAUGCUCGACAAGAUUUUGGCUGUUCCGAGCUAUAGAAACGACUCCAGUUCGGGAGCUUUGCCUAUGAGAACCUUUACAAAACUCAGCGGCCGGGUGAAGAUUCUAACGAUAUCAAAGAAAAAUGUGGUGGUGCAGAUGAAUUGCAGCUUCAACUACAAUGUUACGAGCCAAGCGAUCCAAGAUAAGAAAUGUGAUUCAUGUGUUCGUCUCUAG